UUCAAAUAUAUAUAUAUAUUUUUUCUAAAGAAACACGGAUAAGAGGGCAAGUUGCAGAGCAAAGCCAAAGUUUCUCACGUUAAAAAAUAGUAAAAUAAAAUUUCAAUUGUUUAGGGUUUCAAUUUCAGGUCUCAAAUUUUCAACUCAGUGAAACCCUAACUCUGGUGAAAUGCUUGGAAAACUAGGGUUUUGUUCUAUUUCGUGAAGGGUAGUGAUGGGUGUUGAUGAGGAGACGAGCAACGGUGAAGGAGCAGAGUGUGGGGAUGAGAUUCAGUGCUUCAAGAGUGAACCAGUGAAUAAUGGGUUUGGAAUUGAAUUUGUGAAUGAUUCUGGAGAUGGGAGUUCAGGGGCAAGUGAGAAUUUUCGGACAUAUAAGAGGCGGAAACAGUUAAUGUCAAGUUCAAAGAUCAAAAUGCAAAAUGUAAGGAGAGCUUCUACAGACCAGGUUGCUCUUCCUGGGACAGAUCAUUGUGCUAGUUUCAAUGAUUCAAAUUAUCUUUUACAGAGGAAGUGGAGAAAUGUUGUAUUGGAACACAUGCAUCAGUUAUUAAGUGGCGAUGAAGGUGGUAUACAGCGUUGCAUUCAAGAUGCACUUUUAUUUCAUCAAGAAAAUGGUUGUAAUGUGACAGUUAAGGAUUCUGAUGCUUCUCAUGAAGAUAGUCAGAAAUGCUCCUUGCAAGCAGGGCAAAUUCCGAAUGGAACUAAGCAUACAGCUCAGGGGCUGGAGGGUGUUAUAUCUAAUGGGUCUUUUAAGGAAUCGUAUCCUCAAACUACGACCGAGAUGUGUCAGCAUGUUUUCUUUGAUGUUAUAAGUUCUGAAAAGUUCACAUCUCUGUGUAAGCUUCUAUUUGACAAUUUCCAAGAGAUCAAGCUUGACAGCCUUUUCCACUUAAGUCUCCUAAACUCAAGGAUGAAAGAUGGAGUUUAUGAGCAUUCACCUGGGCUUUUCUCAUCAGAUAUUCAGACGGUAUGGAGAAAACUUCAAGAAAUAGGAACUGAGAUAGUAUCCCUCGCAAAGAGCCUCUCAAACAUAUCAAGCACUUCCUAUGGUAAACAAGUUGGCUGCCCUCAUGGUGCUGUCGAAGAGGAGAAACAUGAGUUCUAUCCUCGGGAGUUGGAAUCUUGUGCUAAACCAGAGCAAAAUGAAGCUUGUGGUGUGUAUAAAGUUUGCACUUGCAGGCAUUGUGGGGAGAAAGCUGAUGGGAAGGAUUGUUUAGUUUGUGAUUCAUGCGAGAAAAUGUACCAUGUUGCCUGUCUUGAGCCUGCAGUGAAGGAGAUUCCUCCUAAAAGUUGGUAUUGUUCCAGCUGCACUGCUAAUGGAAUAGGAUCUUCGCAUGUGAACUGUGUGAUAUGUGAGAGACUGAAUGCCCCCAGGACUCUCAACAAUAAUGUUGCUGGUGAAAAUUAUAAUGCAAAAUGUGAAACAUUUUGUGAAUUGGAAGAAAUUUCAAACUGUAGUGUUGACAAUGGGCUUCAGUUAUCACCAGAGAGCAAAAUCCCAUAUGUUUGUAAAAUUUGUGCAAGGGACAUUGAAAAACGUGAGAAGUUAAGGUGUUGUGAGCACCCCUACUGCCCCAAUAAAUAUUAUCAUGUAAGGUGCCUGACAAGGAAGCAGUUAAAAUCAUAUUGUGCACGCUGGUACUGCCCUUCUUGUCUGUGUAGAGCUUGCCUCGUUGACAAAGAUGAUGAUAAGAUUGUUUUAUGUGAUGGCUGUGAUGCCGCAUACCACAUUUACUGCAUCAAACCACCACGAACUUCAAUUCCAAGAGGGAAAUGGUUUUGCAAAAAAUGUGAUGCUGGGAUCCAGCGAAUACGCAGAGCUAAAAGAGCAUGUCAGAAUCUGGAAAAUAAGCUGAAAAUCGAAGGUGUAGGUAAAAUGACAUAUGAUAAUCUGGAAACAAGUCUGAAUCAUAGAGACAAAGAGGAGUUGGAUAAAAGUAGAGGUGGAGUGGACAUGCUUCUAACUGCUGCUAGUACUCUACAUUUUGAGGAGAAGUUAAGUGCUAUUCAGAUGAAGAGUUAGAAAGGGCCCUGCAUUUGGAGGACAUAACAAGAUUCAGAUUUCAUGGUAUAAUGCCUUUGCUUUUUUAUGGUUUACUCAAGAGCCACAACUUAUUUUCAUGUCAUUUUUUCAGCUGGGAAACAGAUAUUUCCGUAGGUUGUAAAUUCAUUAAAUUUUACUGGCAUUUGGAUACAUAGCUGUGAGCAAGGCAUGAUUCCUAAGGCUUUAUAUUUUUGUCUGGCACUGCCAAAUACAUGAUGUGUUCUACUUUGAUCUCUGGUUGAUUAAGGGGAUCGGGCAGCCGUUAGAUCUGUUUGGUGAAAAUCAUCCACUAACAGGGAUUUUUGAAGUGAUGUUAGGUUGUACUAUGAGAAUUACUUAGUUUAGAGGAGGUUAUCAGAAGCAGAUGAAUCUCAGCAAUGUUGUAUAAUUUGGAGAAAACUCUGACCAAACGACCUGUAUGUAGCUAUGAAAACUGAAAAGUCAAGGAUAAUUUUCCUUUAGCCGUGCUCUGGUGCAUCAUUUUUGCUUCCUCACUAGGUGAGUUGGCUCUAUGUUCUUUCAUUAACCUUUCAUCUUUGUCUUUGUUUUUGCUUAAUCUCAUUUUUUUUUUCAUCAAUUAGAAAAAUCAAUUCAAACAGAUUCUGAAUUAGUAAGUUGUAACAUAUAUUUCUAUAUUGAUGGUUAAUUAUAUUUUUCUUAAUGUGGCAAAGGAGAAAACUACAGGUCAUACAAAAUUGUGUGACAAAAAAAAUGACACUGUUGAAGCACGUAGAUUCAUUCAAUUAUGGAGCAUUGUCGAUGAGUAAGUUACUUUUAUUGUGGAAGCAUUUUGUAGUUGCUACAUUAUCGAUGAGUAAGGAUGUUUUGUCUUGUCUCGAUUGGUUUUUG